CUGCAUCUCAUCCGACCGUCGGGCUGGCAACCGUCGUGCACGCAGCAAGACAGCCUAACAUGGAACCGGGACGGGUCAAAAGUGACACGAUUAGUGGCGACCACGAAAGGUGAAGUGAAAAAGCGAGUCUCUUUUUACCUCGACGCUCGAGUGGGUCGUCGUGAUGCAAUUCGUCUUCGUGUUCUGACGCUCGAUGUGUCCAGCCCAACUUGUCCGGCGGCCGCCAACUGCCGGAACGGCUACGCCGACGGCGUCUGCCAACCGGACUGCAGCAGCCCCGCUUGCGGACUGGACGGCGGCGACUGCGUCUCCGACGACCGGGUCGAGUCCGGCGCGGUGCCGAGUUCGAGACCCGCCCUCCUCCUCCUACUCCUCCUCGACCGGAGGCCGCGCGUCCGACUGCGAAUUGCUGUCGACAGUCUGGCAGCUUUUCGAGCCCUCGAAAGACAGCUUUUGGCGGGUAAGUUGACCGACAACGGACUACUCAUGAGUCAUUUGGUCAUGUGA